AUGGAGAAAGCUGAAGCUACCCUUCAGAACCAAAAUGUAGCCAUUAAAAUUUUGGAAACUCAGAUGGGGCAACUAGCCAUGGCAUUGACUAGCAGAGCACCGGGUAAUAUGUCGAGUAACACAGAAAUUAACCCUAAGGAGCAAGCUAAGGCCAUUACAACUCGAAGUGGGGUGCAGCUACCCGAAAUACAUGUCAAGAGACUGAGUGUAAAUGGAGAGACAUCACCUCCUACAGAGGAAGAAAAUGUGGAACAGGACGAACAACCAAAAGAAUCAACUCCAAAGAGAAGUUCAGAGAAUUUACGGGAUAAAGCCACAGCUACAGUCAACCCAUACGAGCCUCCAAUUCCAUUUCCCCAGCGGUUGAGGAAACAUAAAAUGGAACAGCAGUACAAGAUUUUCCUAGAAGUCUUCAAAAAGCUCCAAAUCAAUAUCCCGCUAGCCGAUGCACUAUCUCAAACGCCCAGCUAUGCAAAGAAACUCGGUUUAGGAGAGGCUAAGGCGACUACCGUAACACUGCAGUUGGCUGAUAGGUCAUUGACCCAUCCUAAGGAAACAAUAGAAGAUGUGCUUAUCAAGGUUGAAAAAUUCAUAUUCCCUGCAGAUUUCCUAAUCUUGGACAUGGAGGAAGAUAAGGACAUCCUGUUGAUACUUGACAAACCAUUUUUGGCAACAGGGAGAGCCUUAAUUGAUGUUCAGAGAGGACAGUUAAUUUUGAGAUUCGGAGAGGAGCAAAUAUCAUUCAACAUCUUUUAG